UAGUCAGUGUUGACGCGCUCUGAUAGAGAACAAGUGAACGAUGGUAGUCAUUACUACGUUUCUCCGUCUUUCUGUUUUUGUCUGUUUGGCUGUGCAGUCUUUUGGAGUGACAGACGACAAGCCUUGUGUAUCGAACACUCCACAGCAAUGCGUCUCCAACGUCAUUAGCACGAUUGGUUUUCCCGGUCCUAUCGGUCAGACUGGAAUGCCUGGAGCACCUGGACCUGCUGGAUUGCCUGGGCCUGUAGGUGUAACAGGAUACCCCGGCCCCGUCGGUCCUCGUGGAUUACCUGGACUCAUGGAAACAAAAGGUGAAGAAGGAACUCCAGGGGGACAAAAAGGUGAGCCUGGUGCACGAGGCUUUGUAGGAGUCACAGGAGACAAGGGAGAGAAAGGAGAACGCGGUUUGCAAGGAGUACCGGGACCGGUUCCUAGGAAAGAUGUUGACGACCUGAAGCAACUCAUUGAGAACUUGACAAUAAGUGUGCAGUGGUUACAUGAACAGAUAGUUGAUAUCAAAAACAACACUUUGAAAACUCGACCAGCAAAUCCUGUUUGGAAGAUAGUCAAUACCAGCAAGCAACUGAGACUGUAUCGAUACAUCCCUAGAAACAGUCGAUUCGAGACGACUUUUAAUGUAUCCGAUUACGGCUACGAUCCGUCUAGAUACGAAUUUCUUCGAGUACAGGUGAAUGCAGAAGCGAACGGAGAUCUGGAUAACAGUUCGGAACAUUUACAAACAUACUUCAAUUCUGAUCCGGUCGGUCGCCCGUGGCAAUCUGGUGUGGCAGGAGGUCCUCUUCGUCAAAUGGAUUCUUAUCCAAUUGAAAGAGAAGUGAAGGCUCCUUCAAUUACAUUGGCUGUUACGCUUUCCAGUGGCGUUGGUAGUGGAAACAUCAAGUUUACGUUGAUAAAAUUCAAAGUUGCAGAAAAGUAGUAACGUUGAACGUCUCUAUAUACUUAGAUAUGAACAGCACGCGUGAACGUCUCAACAUUGUGUAUCUUGAACUCACUGAAUAUCUUGGUAACUAUAGCUCUAUUAUGCGUUGUGGUGCACUAUGUUGCCAAUAAAAUUACU